ACCAAGAAGAAAAAAACAGUUCCUGUUCCAUUAGAUUUUUUCUUCUAAAUUGUCUGAAAAUCAUGGAAGUAAAUUCCAAUUCUACCCUCCCUCCAGGGUUCAGAUUUCAUCCUACCGACGAAGAACUCAUCGUCUACUAUCUUCGAAACCAGACCAUGUCUAAACCAUGCCCUGUCUCCAUCAUCCCAGAAGUCGAUAUCUACAAAUUCGACCCAUGGCAAUUACCCGAGAAAACAGAGUUUGGAGAAAAUGAGUGGUAUUUCUUCAGCCCUAGAGAAAGAAAGUAUCCAAACGGAGUCAGACCAAACCGGGCAGCUGUUUCCGGUUAUUGGAAAGCAACCGGUACAGACAAAGCCAUUCAUAGCGGUUCGAGUAACGUAGGUGUCAAGAAAGCUCUUGUCUUCUACAAAGGUAGACCUCCUAAAGGUAUCAAAACUGACUGGAUCAUGCACGAGUAUCGUCUCCACGAUUCACGUAAAGCAUCAACGAAACGUAACGGUUCCAUGAGGUUAGAUGAAUGGGUACUGUGUAGGAUAUACAAGAAGAGAGGAGCCGGGAAGCUUCUGAAUGAGCAAGAGGGUUUCAUUGACGAAGUACUAAUUGAUGAGACAACAGUUGUUGUUAACGAAGCAGAGAGAAGAAAUGAGGAAGAGAUAAUGAUGAAUAUGACGUCGACGAAACUUCCAAGGACGUGUUCGCUGGCUCAUUUGUUGGAAAUGGAUUACAUGGGACCAGUCUCUCACAUUUUCACCGAUAACUUUACUCAGUUCGAUCAUAUUCAUCAACCUGACUCGGAGUCUGGAUGGUUCGGGGAUCUACAGUUUAACCAAGACGAGAUCUUAAACCAUCAUCGUCAAGCUAUGUUUAAGUUCUAGUGAUGGGUUUAGUAAAAAGAUGUGCUUGGA